CUCAACUCAAAUUUCAGUAAUUUAGUUCUAUCAAGUCAUCUUUCAAACUGGGUAUCACCCUCUAAUUUAAGGCCAAUUCUCUGUGAUAUAGUUCCCUGGUUCUGAUCUAAUAAUGGUGUCACAAUUCAACUCUGAUCAUCAUGAAUUUGCACCAAGAGGGGAGUCCUAUACAACAAAUUUGAAUAGCUGGAAUAGCAACAAUGAAAAAGCUUAGUGGGAAAACAGACUACUCUAGGAAUCUGGGACCUGUAAGACUGUUCGCUCUUUAAGAAACAAUCAAGAGGUAAAAGAAAUAAACUUAAUAUCAGACAAUUUAGAGCCUAUCUUUCUCACUGAUUGAAACUGCACUGACUGGGCUCAUUUUAUGAGGUUGUGAUUCUACCCCCAGCAUGGAGAAAAACUUCUGAUUCUCCGAACUCACACAUAGACAAAACACCUUGUGUCCCACAGAACAUAUUCCAUUGAUUUUAUGUGCAGAGUUUUCCAUGUUCAGACCCCAAGUAGCUUUGAACCUUAUUACCAAGGACUACUCACAUUAAUUAACCUCUGUCCCACUUUCUUGACUUAAAAGGAUCUUGACUUGGUUGCGAAUCUCCACGGAAUCUUCCCAUGUGGAGAAAGACUUGGGUAUAUUCACCAAUAAGCUUAACACCAUAUUCAGGAUUAGAUCCACCAUUUGAUGCUCAUCACACUGCAAUUCAAUCCCCAUCACAAAAGCUGCUUCACCCUAGUCUCACUCUUUUGGUCAAUGGGAUCUGAGGAUUGCACCAUUCACGCCAAACAAGGUAGGACCCCGGCCUAGUCUGUGUCAUCUACAGCUACAACCGCUCAACAAGGAAGAUUCAUGCUUGAAGAUACCAUUGUUUAUUCUUGGAUUCUGACAUGGAACACCACAGCCACACUCUUAAACAUGUUUGGCAUCUAUAUAAGCAAGUGCUCGUGUUUGAGCUCUGUGAAGGUUAGGGGCUAAUUUCAGACUUUUCUUUUUUCAAGACUCAGCAAUGGCAGCUGCAUCUGUUGUUCCGGUAGCAUACCAGACAUCGCUCCCCACUGUACCUGACUGGCUAAACAAGGGUGAUAACACAUGGCAGAUGAUCUCUGCCGCCCUGGUGGCCAUGCAAGGCAUGCCUGGACUGGUAAUCCUGUAUGCUGGCCUUGUCAAGAAGAAAUGGGCACUCAACUCAGCCUUCAUGGCCCUCUAUGCCUUUGCCGCAGUCAUGCCUUGUUGGGUCCUCUGGGCUUACAAGAUGUCGUUUGGCCAUCGCCUUCUACCUUUCUGGGGCAAAGCAGGCCUUGCCGUUUCCCAAGAUUUCUUAAUCCCCCGAGCUACUCUCCCCUCGACACGUUAUGUAAAUGGGGAUUUUAUAGCGCAAGCAGCUAGUCCAUUGUACCCCAUGGCUACCAUGGUUUUCUUCCAGUUUGCUUUUGCUGCUGUGACUGUGAUACUCCUUGCUGGGUCUGUGCUGGGUCGAAUGAGCAUCAAAGCUUGGAUGGCCUUUGUACCACUAUGGAUUACUUUUUCUUACAGCAUUGGCGCUUUCAGUAUAUGGGGCGGCGGUUUCCUCUUUCAAUGGGGCAUCAUGGACUAUUCCGGUGGUUAUGUCGUCCAUUUAGCUUCUGGUGCUGCAGGAUUCACAGCAGCUUAUUGGGUGGGACCGAGAUUGCAGGUAGACCGGGAACAAUUCCCACCAAACAAUCUUCUACUGGCACUGGCUGGUGCUGGUAUUCUUUGGAUGGGGUGGACAGGUUUCAAUGGAGGUGACCCUUUUGCUGCAAAUGUCGAUUCCUCCCUUGCAGUUCUCAAUACUCAUAUAUGCGCAACAACCAGUCUCCUUGUAUGGACUUUCUGGGAUACGUUUUUCUUCAAGAAGCCCUCAGCAAUUGGCGCCAUCCAGGGAAUGAUAACUGGGUUGGUCUGCAUCACCCCUGGUGCAGGUCUUGUUCAGGGAUGGGCUGCAUUGAUAAUGGGCAUUGCAUCUGGAAGUGUCCCCUGGUACACCAUGAUGUGUCUUAGUAAGAAACUCCCCUUCCUGCAGAAGAUUGAUGACACCCUCGGUGUCUUCCAUACUCAUGCUGUGGCUGGAACCUUGGGUGGGGCUCUUACGGGACUCUUUGCUCAUCCAGAUCUCUCUGCCUUAUUCAUAGUGGUACCCAAUUCCAGAGGGGCCUUCUAUGGUGGUCGGGGCGGUGUCCAAUUUCUGAAGCAGUUGGUUGGUGCAAGCUUCAUAAUAGGUUGGAAUGUAAUAGUUACAUCCAUCAUCCUCCUGGUGAUUAGCAAGUUUAUACCCCUUCGUAUGUCUGAGGAAGAGCUCAUAAUAGGGGAUGAUGCAGCGCAUGGAGAAGAAGCUUAUGCUCUUGCUGGACAAGGAGCAAGAGAAAAAUCUACAUACAAUAAUAUGCAGCUGCAAAACGCCUCAGGCUUUGAGCUUUGAUUCUUGAUUUCAAGGAAAAGAGAGACGUAUAUCCUUCAGCAAUCGUAUGAAAUACAUGAAAUAGUAGGAAAUUGAAGGCUCAAAAGUAAUAUGCUUAAUAAGCAGUUCAACAUUCGAUAAAUCUAUGGUAUGAGUACCAAUUGUUGGUCUAGUAAAAUGAAGUUUCAUUUACAGUCUUGAGGUCUGUACCCCACAGCAAAAUAUGAACUACCAAUGAAGCAUACAACAAUAUUAAAUUCA